CGCCAAAGUGCUCAAUGGCAAUCGACACUCCAUCAUCAUCAUCAUCAUCAUCCAGCAAAGCAUGGGUCCUGCAAGGACUGGCGUUUGGAGCGGCGGUCGCGGUGGCACUCGGCACCCGAGCCUACCUUUCCCUCGGCCGAUCCGCCAAGUUCCGGUCUCGAGUUGUCGGCAUUAUACCUGCCCGUUUCGCUUCCUCUCGCUUCCCGGGCAAACCUCUCGUUCACAUCCUCGGGAAACCCAUGAUCCAGAGAACAUGGGAAAGGGCAAAAAUGGCGACUACAUUGGAUCGAAUUGUUGUGGCAACUGAUGAUGAAAAGAUUGCUGAAUGUUGUCGAGGAUUUGGUGCUGAUGUGAUAAUGACAUCAGAAUCUUGCAGAAAUGGUACCGAGCGUUGUAAUGAAGCACUGCAAAAGCUUGACAAAAAGUAUGAUAUCGUUGUCAACAUUCAAGGGGAUGAACCUCUAUUUGAGCCAGAAAUAGUAGAUGGGAUUGUCAAAGCACUGCAGGGAGCCCCAGAUGCAGUGUUUAGCACUGCUGUCACAUCUCUCAAACCUGAGGACGCAUUUGAUCCAAACCGAGUGAAAUGUGUGGUUGAUACUUCUGGUUAUGCAAUAUAUUUUUCAAGAGGACUGAUUCCAUACAAUAAGUCUGGGAAAGUCAAUCCUCAAUUCCCAUAUCUGCUUCAUCUUGGAAUUCAGAGCUAUGAUACAAAGUUCCUUAGGAUAUAUCCUGAGCUGCUGCCUACUCCGCUGCAACUAGAGGAGGAUCUGGAACAACUAAAAGUCCUUGAGAAUGGAUACAAGAUGAAGGUGAUAAAGGUCGACCAUGAAGCCCAUGGUGUUGAUGCUCCAGAAGAUGUUGAAAAGAUAGAACGUUUUAUGCACGAAAGGAACUUAUCUUAAGUCUGUCCUUGCACAAGCCCCAAUCAGUAAUUGUCCAGAAGCAUACUUGGGCUGGGUCCAUUUACACACACAAUUUCUUGUUCUUCACCGCCACCACCACCACUGUUCCUGGUCAUCUUCCUUGAAAUGCAUUCCUCUAAUGCUCUGAGCUAGUUUCUCCUCUUUAUUUGAUUUGAGUCAGGAACUUUACUUGCGGUAUCACAACCCUUUCUUUAGCCCACCUUUUUGGUAUUAAUGAAUAUUAGCAGGGCACAAUCACAUAUGCAGAUCUGUUGGUUGUGUUAAUUGUUGAAAUUGGAACUAGAGGAUGAUCUAGCAUGAAAUAUAUUUGGUAAGUUCACGUGGUUA